AUGAAGCCUGCCACUUACUCUUCAAGAAUGUCCACUGACAUUCCAUUCUACGAGUCUCCUGGGGCCUCCUUUGAUCAGUACUUGGAUGAUAAACCUAGAGUUUUUAGAGCGAUUUUUCCAGAAAAACGAAGAAGCCACCAACUUAAUGAGGAGGAGUGGAGAAUUCAGAUGUUGCCCAUACAGUUCCUCUUCCUGACUGUCUGGCCGGUAAUAGAUAUGAGGUUGAGAUGCAAAACUGGAGGGAAAGACUACCCUCCAGGAGUUCCAAGUGAUAUCAAAAAGGUUCUUGAGCUCGGCAUUACAAGAUGGGAGCUCAGAGGACUUGAUUCUGUUCUCGAGCCGUCUCAAUUUUCUCUUGGCGUAAAAGGAGCAUUAUACUCUGACAGUCGAGGACCAAGAAGCCGGCUUAAAGGUCAACUAGAGAUGAAUAUAAGCUUCAUACUUCCUCCUGCCCUUGCAUUGAUCCCCGAAGAUGUUCGUAGAAACAUUGCAGAGUCGGUAAGACCCCGAAACCCUCUUCUCAUUUCAACAUUUUCCACAAGCCUUUUAUAUGUUCCUGAGUGCUGA